UUCUCAACUUCAUUUCCUUCGCUUUCAACACCGCAGUUACCCGUCCCCCAAGCGAAAGGUCACCCCAACACAUGCACUCACAUGCACAUAUUUAUAUGCAAAGCUAACAGACCCAAACACAUGUAGUCAUGGGUGUCAAAAGCAUGCUUUCUUCUAUGAAGGAAUUAUCGCUAAAAUUAAUUCGUCACAAAGUGACUUUCCCCGAGAAAUUAAAAGGUGGACGGAUAGAAAAGAUAGGUAACUACUUCCACAACAUCUACAGUGAUUACAAAGUCGUUGCUAUAGAGACUGCAGAAUCCAUGCGAGAAAAACCUCUGAAGGCGUCAGCUUAUAUCACUUUCUUGUCUGCCAUUGGAUUCUUAAUAAAAUCCAACCCGAAUGAGAACAGUUUCACCUACAGCCUCAUGGAAAGUGCCAAUAGACUUGCUCUUGUUGGUCAAGCGAUUCGCAGCCCGAAAACAGAGAAACAUUUACGAGAAUUGGUUUCAAACAUGAGGGACAGCAAAUUGGUUCAUAUUAAUUUAGGGGUUUGUUCUUUCAUGUAUGAAGACAAUUAUACUCAAGGCCUUGGGCUGUACGUUGCACAGUGCGGUAAAUUAAAAACCCCAUGGUUAGAGAUUUAUAAAAAUAUUGUAGAUGUUGGUAUUAAUGGUUACUGGAUUUAUUUGGAAGAUGCCAUGAAGGAUUAUGACGUUAAUGAGAACGAAUGGGAUGAAACUGGAAAUAUGACGGCUUCAUCUCGUUAACAUAAUCAGCUUCUGUAAGCAAUAGAAGAGACCAAUAGUGAACCAAAAUAAAAUGUUUUGAUUUCAGAUA